GUUUGUCUUGAUACAUUCUUAUCUUUUUCCUCUACCUGUAGCCCCAUUACCAUGAUGUUUUGGGAUAAUGUUUCUCUGCCGAAUACUUGGGCCAUUGUGACUUUAGCUGGACUGCUGUUUCUGUUGAGUCGCUAUGUAUCGCCCUCCCUCGAAUCCCUCGAGCCACCGCUGUUUAAACCUCGAGUUCCGCUGGUAGGACACAUCAUCUCGAUGUUCAGCGAGGGCGGCGGAUUCUAUGUUCGACUCUUGUAAUUCUCCAGCCUCCAAUGAACACGCAACGGCAUACAAUUCUGACCGGUCACAGUAAAGAACGCAGAAUGCCCAUCUGUACCCUCCCCAUGCUAAACGGCAAAGUCUACCUCAUAAACUCACCGGAUCUCAUCCAAUCAGCCUUGAAAAACAACGACAUAUCCUUCGACCCGUUUCUUGUUGAGUUUUCAAAGGCCAUGUGGGGUCUGAGCCAGAACGCAGGAGAUCUCAUCUCUGAUAAGGAAUAUUUGAAGACGGGACUGUCGAUUAUUCAGUCUACCCUCAUGGGCGAACCAUUGCACAGACUGAAUCUCAGUGCUUUAACAAGGCUCAUGACUUAUCUUAAUCCUAUUCGACCUGGAGAAGAACUAGAUGCACCUGAUGUAUUUAUUUGGCUCCGGGAUAUCUUGACGGAUGCAACGGCGACAGCUCUUUUCGGGGCGAAGAAUCCGUUGACGGUAGAUAAAGCGCAUCUCAUGUGGACAUUUGAUAAACAAUCCAUGUUUGUGGCGCUGGGUGUCCCAAGCUUCAUUACCAAAAAGGCGAUCAAUGCGAGAAGAGAGAUCAACAACCUGCUUCUGACCUACUAUGAAUCUGGAAGCGAGCUUGAAGACGGUGUCUCUGAAAUUAUACGCGAUAGAGUUAAGUUUCUUCGUAGCACUGGCUUUACGGAUGACGACCUAGCUCACAUGGAAACGCUGCUGCCUUGGGUUGGAGUUACCAACACUGCGCCCACUUUAUUCUGGCUUUUCGUCCACGUCUUGACAAACCCACAUUACUCAUCUCGUGUGCGAGCUGAGAUUGAGGAGAUUACUAUUAUCACAAAUGGGCCCAACGGGAAGACAGCGACAUUUGACGUUAGAAAGCUAGAGAAAUGCUGUCCCUUCCUCCACGCCUGCUAUCAAGAAUCCCUUCGUCACUAUCUUCAUUCCAUCGGCAACAGGAGAGUCAUGGAAGACACCAAGGUCCAAGACGCACAGGGCCGAAGUUAUCUGCUCAAAAAGGGAUUCAACAUCCAGUGGGCGCCAUCGGUGACUCACUUCAUCGACGAGAUCUGGGGUCCAGACGCGAAUACCUUCAAACCUGAGCGCUUCUUAGAUGUAUCGGUGCAAGAUGAGAAGAAGAGAAGAGGCUCACAGUUGUCAUUCGGAGGUGGAAAGCAUCUAUGUCCUGGCCGCAAGUUUGCGUUUACGGAGAUACUGGGAUUCGUUGGUGUCGUUGCGCUUAGCUUUGAGGCCGAGGGGCUGAGUUUGCCAAAGUCAAGGGAUCCUGGGGUUGAAGUUGGGCCGAGAAUGCCGGAUUGGGGAGGAUUGGAUCCUGGAUUUAGGUUAAGGAGGAGGGAGGGUUGGGAGGAUGUCACUUGGGUAUUCCAAGAGUAAGCGGCUCCAGCAUGCAGCAAUUUUCCAGAUAGAAAUAUUGUUAAACAGCUCUCAAAAAUAUUAUUUCAGAGUAUUUUCUCUAUAACACAUGAACAUUGUUCUUUACUUGGCGGCAAUAGGAGCGGAUCCAUA